UAUAAAAAUAAUAACUUUUAUAGUUUUGAUCUUUGUAAUGUUAUUAAUUAUAUAAUUAGAAGAUUUGUGAACCACUUACAUUAUAAUAAGUAAGUAAUAUCCGUUUCCUCCAUAGGAGGUUUUGAAUGAGCGUACAAGUUUUGUUUACAUCAUUCAUUCAUUCAGUAGCUUUUAGAUUAUUUGAUGGAUAUUUGUAUGUUAAACUCUCUUAAAAAUCUAUAUAUGGCUUUCACUCAUUGUUGUAAUCACUAGCCACUAAACAUUUAUUAGGCUUCUUUAUAUUUUUUCAUAUUAUAAUAGUUGUUAAAUAGUUAUUGAAGAGAUAUUAUAACCUACAUGGCACUUCGUUGGCGCCCCGGUCGUUUGGGACUCCUAAUUGUGUUAUAAUUGCGGUUUAACAGGGAAUUACAAUGAACAUUAAUCCAGUUUACAAAAUGAAGGACAGUGCGAUAUUAGAGCACGGCGAUAACAAGACGAAAUCUACCCCAAUUGCAAAGGUUGCUCCAGAAUUAAAACAGAAUGCAGAUGUUAACACAGAGAUAACAAAAACGUGUGCCGUCCUCGGAUGUGAGGACUUCAAGAACUUAGAAUCUGAAUCAUUUUUUAGAUUUCCCGAAGACCCAAAUCGCAAACAGAUAUGGACAGACUUGACAGGCCGGAACAACUGGACACCCACAGACUAUUCAUAUAUAUGCAUACAGCACUUUGCAGUGGACUGCUUCAUGAUGGACGAAGAUGAUAAGAUGGUGUUGGUAGAUAAGGCAGUUCCUUCAUUAAAGCUUCCAAGGCAUGUUUUAGAGGUUGAAUACAUAGAUGAAGAGACCCUGGAUAAUGAUUAUGAAUUUAUGGAGACUGAUUCGGAAGAUGAAAAACAGAUGAAUGGCAACACACAAAUAGACAUCAAUAAUGUUCCUCUAACAAAGGAAAGUGAAAACAUUGAGCUUCUGAAGCUGUUUAGUGAAGUGCAGAGGAUGCAAAGGCAAGCUAUAGGCCUCAAGGAGAAACUCAAGUGCAACAUGAGAGUACAUAACAGACAAAACAGGUUUCUGUUGCGGAUAAGAGAAAUAAUAGAGAUGAAGAAAAAAGUUCUUAAUCAAAAGAGAAAGAAAAAAUGUCGAAUUCUAUUGUCUCUGCAGGAUAAAAUCAAAGAGGAUACCACAGGACUGGUUCUGGCUAUGCCAAUGAGACAGACAGAAGAUCUAAAGAAUUUUGCUCUUAGCGUCUAUAAAUAUUCCCCGCAAGCAUAUAUUUACAUACGGAAUACGUUAAGAACGAUGUUGCCAAGCACAGAAAUUCUAGAUUCGUGGGUCACGGCCGGUUACCAACCUAAAAAUUUAGCGUCAAAUCUGAUCAAAUUGGUCGCAGAACAAACAGAAACAUCGUUAUCAUGCAAAGUUUCGUUAGUUUGAUGUUAUUAUUAAAUCUCUAUUUUUUUAUUAAAUAAAUUCAAUUUUUUCCCAUCGC